AUGAAUGAACCAAACAUGAAAUCCCCUAUUCAAGUUGAUGUUGCAUGUGUGAAUGAAACAACCAUGGAACCCCCUAUUCUAGUUGAUGUUGCACUUGUGAACGAACCAAAUAUGGAACCCCAUAAUAAACCUAUACUUGAACCAAUUACUGAACAUGUUAUGGAACCCUUUAAUCAACCCCUAGGUGGAUCUAGUGAUAGUGAGGAUAGUGAAGAUGCAAGUGACAUUGAUUAUAAUGAUUUCUUUAUCAAUAAGGAUAACUUGUUGGAUGACCCUGGAGUGGACAUGCAAGAUUUCUACACAACAUUGAUGAUAAUUUUAAGUGGGUUGGUGGUAUCGUUAUUACAAUAG